AUGAUAAUUGAUACACCACRAGUACAAGAUAUCAAUUCUUUUUCUAGAUUGGAAUUCUUAAAAGAAGUCUAUGGAAUUCUAUGGGUGCUUGUUCCUUUUUUGACUACUGUAUUGGGAAUCACAAUAAGCGUACUAGUAAUUGUAUGGUUAGAAAAAGAAAUAUCCGCACGGAUACAACAACGGAUUGGACCUGAAUAUGCUGGUCCUUUGGGAGUUCUUCAAGCUUUAGCAGAUGUCCAAAUGAAGUUUCUAGACUGGUAUGUGAAGAUUGGGGCAGUUUCGGCUUUGAUUGGAGCUUCCAUGGAGAUGUUCAUGAUUAAGACGGGCUUCUAUGAUAAAGUAACAGUUUUGGAAUCAGAGAAGCUGGCUUGGGAGAAUUCGCCCGAGGCUCAAGCAGUUAGAGAAGCCCUCAAUCCUUGGAGAAAUCGUGAUGCUGUUGCAGAGGCCAAAAAAGACGCCUAAUGCUUCAACUGCUUACUGGACUAGCUGCUUUGCAAGGUGGGGAACAACAAUUACAGAAGAAGACUACUGAAGGAUAUGCAUAUUGGUCCUCGGACUGCAAGGCACUGUAGUCCAGACCUCAGAAAGUGCACUUUUUUCUGGUGAAAAUACUGAUUUUUUCAUUGAAGGAGAAGCUUAAGUUUAAUAGAAUAAUCAUGGACGAGAUUUUUAACAUAUCUUCCCAAAACUCUUUCUGCCUAUCUAUAUUCAAAUCUCCAGGUGCCUCUAAUUAGUUUUAGUAUAAGAAACUGGCAUGGAUGAAAAUUUUUGAGAUCUGAUUUUGUACUUGAUAUAAUCCUUCAGGGCAUGUGAGCCAACCAACCAUUAGAAUUGAAGACAAUAAAGGCAUCAUUUGAUAGUAGAAAACGGUAUUUUCUGUGUCA